GUAGUUGGUGUAGUUGCUGUAGUUGGUGUAGUUGCUGUAGUUGGUGUAGUUGGUGUAGUUGGUGUAGUUGCUGUAGUUGGUGUAGUAGCUGUAGUUGGUGUAGUUGCUGUAGUUGGUGUAGUUGCUGUAGUUGGUGUAGUUGCUGUAGUUGGUGUAGUUGCUGUAGUUGCUGUAGUUGGUGUAGUUGCUGUAGUAGCUGUAGUUGGUGUAGUUGGUGUAGUUGGUGUAGUUGCUGUAGUUGCUGUAGUUGGUGUAGUUGCUGUAGUUGGUGUAGUUGGUGUAGUUGCUGUAGUUGGUGUAGUUGCUGUAGUUGCUGUAGUUGGUGUAGUUGGUGUAGUUGGUGUAGUUGGUGUAGUUGCUGUAGUUUGUUGUAGUUGCUGUAGUUGGUGUAGUAGCUGUAGUUGCUGUAGUUGGUGUAGUUGCUGUAGUUGCUGUAGUUAGUGUAGUUGGUGUAGUUGGUGUAGUUGCUGUAGUUGGUGUAGUUGGUGUAGUAGCUGUAGUUGGUGUAGUUGGUGUAGUUGGUGUAGUAGCUGUAGUUGGUGUAGUUGCUGUAGUUGGUGUAGUUGGUGUAGUUGCUGUAGUUGGUGUAGUUGGUGUAGUAGCUGUAGUUGGUGUAGUUGCUGUAGUUGGUGUAGUUGCUGUAGUUGGUGUAGUUGGUGUAGUUGGUGUAGUUGCUGUAGUUGGUGUAGUUGGUGUAGUAGCUGUAAUUGGUGUAGUUGGUGUAGUUGCUGUAGUUGGUGUAGUUGCUGUAGUUGGUGUAGUUGGUGUAGUUGCCGUAGUAGCUGUAGUUGGUGUAGUUGGUGUCGUUGGUGUAGUUGCUGUAGUUGGUGUAGUUGCUGUAGUUGGUGUAGUUGCUGUAGUUGAUGUAGUUGGU